CAGCUCCGCUCCGCCGCCCUGCGGGCCCGGACCCGGGAGCCCAGAGCCCCGCGCCCUCCGCCGCGGGUGGCCCCCAGCUCCCCCGCCCCGUGCCCCCAGGAGCGCGGCGCGCCAGUGGUGUGCCGGGGGCGGCGGCGGCUACGGCGGCGGCUCCCGGCCGGGCCGCGCAGCCUGUGGGUCCUGGGGGUGCAGGGCAGGGAGGCGGGGCGCUCGGCCGGGGGCGGAGCUGCGGCCGCGAGCCCGCCCCCCGCUCGCCCUCCGCCGGCCGGCUGGCGCGGCCAUGGAGGUCUACAUCCCGUCCUUUCGCUACGAGGAGAGCGACCUGGAGCGGGGAUACACGGUGUUUAAGAUAGAAGUACUAAUGAAUGGAAGAAAACAUUUUGUUGAAAAAAGGUACAGCGAAUUUCAUGCCUUGCACAAAAAGCUUAAGAAAUGUAUAAAAACUCCAGAAAUCCCUUCUAAACAUGUUAGGAACUGGGUCCCAAAAGUCUUGGAGCAACGACGACAAGGUUUGGAAACAUAUUUACAGGCUGUCAUUUUAGAAAAUGAAGAGCUCCCCAAGCUGUUCCUUGAUUUCCUAAAUGUGCGACACUUGCCCUCUCUACCAAAGGCAGAGAGUUGUGGAUCGUUUGAUGAGACAGAAUCUGAAGAAUCAAGCAAACUGUCCCACCAGCCGGUGCUACUGUUCCUCAGGGAUCCAUACGUCUUGCCUGCAGCCAGCGAUUUUCCAAAUGUGGUUAUUGAAGGAGUUCUCCACGGGAUAUUUUACCCUCAUCUGCAGCCCAGGUAGAAAUCCUACAUGGCUGGAAGGAGCUGAAGCAGGUCUCACGGAAAUCGAUACCUACCAAAUUAACCUAAACUCUAUGACAUAACAGCUCUAGCUAGUGGUAAAAUUCACAGUCCCAGCUUAAUUCGGGGCAGGGACAUUUCCAUUAGAAUGGUGCUUUUAAAAAUAGAAACUGAACCCCUGGCAGUGCUGAGGUUAGGGCCCAGCAUUUGAGAAGGAGAAGGUAGCUGCCAAUUUCGAACCUGGUGAGAGGGUUGUAGAAUGUCCCUGUGAGCACCGAACAUAACAAAACGAAGGUACUCUCUGCUUUCGUUGCACCACUUGCUAAUUGAACUUCUUAUCCUGAAACAUACAGAGACUCAUCUACUUCGGUAACUUUUUGUCGUUGUUGUUCAGAUUUCGUGACACACUAAUCUUUUCAUCAUGAGAUUUUCUCCGUCAGCGAUACGUGUAUUCUGAAGUGCCCGCACCGGGAGAGUAUCACAGAAACAUGCUGUGCUAAAUGUGAGGAUGGAACUAAACUGGAAAUUAUAUUUCGCUGUCAAUGUUAGGGCAUUUUUAAAAAACCAUGUCAUUUCUAUUUACAUUGCAGUAGGGUUGCAUCUUACCUAGGCAUUCGCUUCUGGGGUCAGUACCUAAAAUAAAAUGGAACAUCGAGAUCAUCCUCGACUGCCCUUCAGAAAGGCGCCAUCAAUGAACCCUGUACAUCCAACACAUCCAGGUUUUCUGCCAAUGUUGGCAGAAAUGACCGUUUCUUCUGUUGAAGACCAAUGGGAGUUGGUGUUUGUUUAGGACACUUUUGUAUAAAACCACAUACCUUUCCACACUAGAAUCGUACUUAGCCCUGCAAGAUGCUUGCUUUCCGAGAGACAGAUGUGAACUGACUUGCCUGAGGAGACACCAGAGUGACAAGCCUCAUUUUGAUUUCCUCACGGUUCUUCAGCACUCAUUGAGGUUUACUCGUUCAUUAAAUAAGUAGAAUUGCCACCGGAUUGUUAUUUUCCUUAUCGUUUCCUUGUUACCUCCUCUAUGGAAUUUAUGUAAGUUAAAUGUGUGUAUCAUCUAACGCCACUCUACAUCUCACACAAGUUCGUAUUUUGAGGAGUACGAGGAUAAAAACAUAUAUGCAAACAAUGUACGUGCUCUAUUCAGGCAUUUCAUGGAAAACUCAUAGCUAGCCUAUUUAUGGUUAUUAAUUUUACCAAGCUGCUUUGUGGGAGAAAAAUAUUUGGAUUCAAGACCAAUAACUGAAUCAUGGUUUUUGGUUAGGAUACAUAUAUGUGUGUGUGUGUGUGUGUGUGUGUAUGUGUGUGUGUGUGUGUGUGUAUACACACAUAUAUACAUAUAUAUAUGUUAUAUAUAUAACAUAUAUACACACACACACACACACACACAUAUAUAUAUAUAUAUAUGUUUCAAGCCUGCUGCAGACUUUUAGAGAUACAUUUAUGAUAGCUAUGUGACUUCAUGCUGGAAACACGCAAGGACUAAAUAAUCAAGUGUCAUGAACCGAAAAUAACUGAAUGCUCAAGUGUUGGGAGAUAUUUUUUAAAUGUUUCAUUGUUAGCUAUUUUGAGUUAAAUAAAAACAGAGAUGAAGAAAUA